AGCGGCGGCGGCGGCUGUACCGGCGCCCUCAGCCCUGCUAGCCGCGCGCCGGUCCCGCGGAGAGGACUCGGGAAGGGAACGGUGCUCGGUGACCACCUCGGACACACGACCGCCAGCCCGGCGUCGCGGCCUCGCCGCAGCCGGAGCUGCCCGGCCCGGUUGGUUCUGCGGGCGCCCGCGGAAGCCCGGGAGCCGGGCUGCCGGGAGCCGUGGAUGAAAAAGGUGACCGCAGGCGACGCUCGGGAGCCUACGGGAUCCGCGAAGGGCCCGCGGCAUUCACGGGCUGCGCCGCGUGCGGCCGGCGGUCAGUUCCUCGGGAAGGAUGACAGUGAAGUUGGGCGACGCCGGCAGCGGGGAGGAAGGGCUCAAGAAGCUGGGCAAGCGGACGGCCGAUGAGGAGUCACUGGACGGAGAGGGGCCCGGCGGCGCGGACGCGGCGGAGGACAGCAGCAGCACAAAGAGGGACGGGCAGACCCCUCGGGCCGCCGGAGCCCCCGCGCCACCCAGAGGGCUGCCGACCCCGUCCCCACCGCAGGGCAGCCCCCAGGACCAGCACCACUUCCUAAGGUCCAGCGUGCGGCCACAGAGCAAGAGGCCCAGGAAAGACGCACCCUGCGCUGUGGGCAGUGGUGGUGCCAGCGGUUCCGGGCCGCGCGGAAAAGGAGGCGACGGUGGUGCAUCUUCUUCUGGAAACGUGUCUGGGGUUGCUCCUGCCACCCCUGCAGGAGGUUCGCGCUCCUCUUCCCGUAACAUAGGAUCUUCAGGGCCUGAGAAGGAAGAAGGAAAGAAGGUCCGGAGGCAGUGGGAGUCGUGGAGCACAGAGGACAAGAACACCUUCUUCGAAGGCCUGUAUGAGCAUGGAAAAGAUUUUGAAGCCAUUCAGAACAAUAUUGCUCUAAAAUACAAAAAGAAGGGGAAGCCUGCAAGCAUGGUGAAGAACAAAGAGCAGGUCCGGCAUUUCUACUACCGCACCUGGCACAAGAUUACCAAAUACAUUGACUUUGACAAUGUGUUUUCUCGUGGGCUGAAGAAAUCAUCCCAGGAACUCUAUGGUCUCAUCUGCUAUGGCGAGCUACGCAAGAAGAUUGGGGGUUGUAUGGAUGACAAGAAUGCAACAAAGUUGAAUGAGCUCAUUCAGGUUGGAGCCACCACAGUUCGUUAUAAAGGGAGAAAUCUGCGGAUCAAGGCACCCAUGUGUCGGGCCUUAAAGAAACUCUGCGAUCCAGAUGGUCUAAGUGAUGAAGAGGACCAGAAGCCAGUGCGCCUACCCCUGAAAGUCCCUGUAGAGCUACAACCACGGAACAACCACGCCUGGGCACGAGUGCAGAGCCUUGCCCAGAACCCACGCCUCAGGAUGAUUGUGGAGCUACAUCGAAAAGUCUCUAGCCUCAUUGAAUUCUUGAAGCAGAAGUGGGCCCUCCAUGAAGUACGAAUUCGGAAGACACUUGAGGUGAGGCAGCUGCAGGGCUCAAGCACAUUGCAGACCCAAGAGAAGGUGGCAUUGCACUUGUUCCCAGGCGAGAACUGUACGCUGACACCACUGCCGGGUGUGGCCCGUGUGGUACACUCCAAGGCCUUCUGCACCGUACACUGGCAAGAGGGUGGCCGUUGCAAGCAGGGCACCAAGGACACACACUUGUUGCCUCCAGCCCAGAUCCUGGGCAUCCAGAGUGGGCAGGGAAUAGCCCGGGGCCAGGUGAAAUGCCAGAGGAGCAGUGCUGAAAGCAAGGGUGGGGGCCGGAUCCUUCCCACUGCAGAUGCUUCACAGAGUUCAGGGGAGAGUUCCCCUGAGAGUGCUCCUGGAGAGGGGACAGCUCCAAGUAUGAGCAGCCCAGAUGUCCCUGACAGGCCUCCUCAUGGGCACCAGGACUCUGGACCACAGCUUGAGAAGACUCCUGUGGCAGCCCUUGCGGUGGGUGGGGACAGCCCCAUUCAAGAGUCUGGGGCCCUGCCAUGUUCCUGCGGCCAGCCCCCAGACUUGGAAGAUGAACUCUCACUCCUUGACCCCUUUCCCCGCUACCUGAAGUCUUGCCAGGAUCUCAUCAUCCCGGAGCAGUGCCGCUGUGCAGAUUCACAGUCUGGGAGAGAGCACCCUCAUCAGGGCCAGGUAGCUUCCCCGGAGGCCCUCAUCCCCAGCAGCAGAGAGGUUGCUGACAGUUGUUCCCCUGGCCUGGACCCUCAACCUGGCACCGAUCCUCAACCUGACCCCAGGCUUCUGCCAGAUGUUUGUACUAAAGAGCCGGCAGAUGCACCUCCUGAAGAGUCCCAAGAGAAAGGGAGCCCCUCAGAACCUCUGUUGUCUCAGGGACAGCCUGCUGCCCGGCCUUCAAAGGAAGUCCCUGCCAGCCAGCUGGCCCAGCAGCUACGUGAAGAGGGCUGGAACUUGCAGACCUCAGAGAGCCUCACACUAGCUGAAGUCUACCUCAUGAUGGGCAAGCCGAGCAAGCUGCAGUUGGAGUAUGAUUGGCUGGCUGUGCUGGGCCCUGAGAAUCAGGCGCCUACAGCACAGGGCCAGACUGCUUUAUCCCGCUCCCCACCCUCAGCCCUCCACCAGCAGCGCCUCCUGAGCUGCCUCCUGAGGCUCAUCUCCACUGAGGUCCACCCUAAGAUGGCUUUUGAAGCAAACACAGCAUCAACAGCCUCAGUCAGACCCGCCCAGGAAGAACAGUCCACAACCCCUCCAGGGAAGGUAGUGACCAUCAGCUCUCGAAGUCCCCGCUGCUCUCGAAACCCUUCUGCCCUCCGGAGCAGCAAGACCUUCCCAUCUGGUUCUGCACCUUGUUCCCCAGGUUUGAGAAAUCCUCCAAGGCCUCUCUUGGUGGCUGGUCCCUCCAGCACAGGAAGCAGUGACUCAGAUGGUGGCCUCUUUGCUGUCCCAACAACUUUGCCACCCAAUAGUCGACAUGGAAAGCUCUUCUCUCCCAGCAAGGAGGCGGAGCUGACUUUUAGGCAGCACUUAGACUCCAUCAGUAUACAGUCAGACUUUUUCUCACCAAAGCCCAAGAAACUACGGAAACGGCACUUACGAAAGCCACUGGUAGUCCAGAGGACACUACUGCCUAGACCUUCUGAAAACCAGUCCCACAAUGUGUGCUCCUUCUCCAUCCUGUCUAAUUCUCCUAUAGCCGGGAGAGGCUGGUUCCGGCCCAUCCAGUCUUCUCUGACCAAAGCAGCUCUGUCUCGACCGAUAGUGCCCAAGGUCCUCCCAUCUCAGGCCACCAGUCACCUGCCCAGUGCCAUCGACUUAGCAGCUCAAAGUGCUGGCAUCAUCCCUGCCGAUGGCUCAUCUGUCAUCUCUCCACUGUCUUCAGAACAAGCAACCACUGCCAUCUCGGGGCAGGGUGACACUGGACCACACCAGAACAGCAACCCUGUUUCUACUGGCACUAAUGACCCGUUUAUUAGCGUUCCAAGACAAGAGCAGGAGCCAAUGACAGACAGUUUCCAGGGAUCAUCUGUUCUAUCCUUACCUGAGCUUCCCAAGGCUCAUCUCCAGAAUGGCCUUUCCACACCUUUACCCUCAUCAGAGAGCUCCAGCACCAGGCUCUCCCCACCCAAUGUUUCUGCACUGCUGGACAUAUCCCUCCCUGGCCCACCUGAGGAUGUUCUCUCACAGGGAGAACCUGCUACACAGAUCAGUGACUCCAUCAUUGAAAUUGCCAUCAGCUCUGGCCAGUACAGUGAAGGAGUUCCUCUUUCACCAGCAAAACUGAAUGGCAGUGACAGUUCCAAGAGUCUUCCUUCCCCAUCCAGCAGCCCCCAGCCCAACUGGAUUGCAUCUCCCACGCACGACCCCCAGUGGUACCCCAGUGACUCUACAGAUUCUUCACUCAGCAGCUUGUUUGCCAGCUUCAUAUCCCCAGAGAAGAGCAGGAAGAUGCUACCAACUACUGUUGGAGCCAACAGUGGCACGUCUUUGCUUGGACCUAGCUUGUUGGAUGGAAAUUCAAGGGACUCUUUUGUGUCCAGAUCUCUGGCUGAUGUUGCAGAAGUGGUAGAUUCCCAGUUGGUGUGCAUGAUGAAUGAGAACAGCAUUGACUAUAUAUCUCGAUUUAAUGACUUGGCUCAAGAAUUGUCCAUCAAUGAGCCUGGCCGCCGAGAGGUUCUUUUUGAUGGUGGAGGAGGUGGUAAUCCUGUUGGUGACCUCUCUCAAUGACUGUGCCUUGUGACGUGGGCAUCCUGGAAUCCACAAAGGAGAUCUACAAGGGGCUGGCCCUUGAAACUGUCUUCACAGUAGAGAAAAUCAAGCCCAGAAUCCUGAGAAGACAAUGAGGAAGAGCACCUCUAACAGCAUACGAUACACAGCCCAUAGGAGUCGCUGGUCAUGGCCUGUCCAACAAUCAGGGUGAUACCAUCCAUAGAGGCCAGGACAAGCUCUGAGAAGGGUAGACAUCAGAAAUCCUUUUGGUAUCGGAGCCCUUACUUGCAGUCCUAUAGCCUGUGUGGCAAUCCCAACUGUGUGUCUGCGUGUUAAGCCUUCCAGUGGGUCUCCUCCUUGCAAGAGACAUGCCUGGUGUUCAUUUUGUCUUGGAAGCUGUUAGUCUGUGUGAAGGAAGACCACAGCCACUGCUGCUUUCUUUCCGAUCCUUUCCCUGCUUGGCUGUUUUGUUUGUACUGAUGUUGCAAGAGACAGUGAAUGUAGACCAGGCUCUUGCCUGGUGGUAUUUUCAACCCAAGAUACUUCCUGGAUGCCUUGACAGUGAAUCAGAGAAGGGUCCCAGAGUCAUGUAACUAAUGCUAUAUUCUCAAGAUUCCUGACCCUCACCUAGUGCUUCCCCCAUCCAGAGGUUUGGUUCUGCCUGUCAUAAGAAGGAAGAAAGAAAUUAUGUCUCUUACAAGGUUGUGUGGAUGUUUCAUAGGGUCCUACAAAGCUGGUUAGAGAUGGUUUUCUUGUGGUUUAAGAAUCAGGAAACAUGGACAGGGAAUAGUAAGAGUCCUCUAGGUGGCUUUGCUCAUUUUCUGUGCUUAAGGCCUAGUUCCUUCUAAGUGACCUAAGAUACUGUUCCUCUCUGCUCACCUGCCCUCCACCCCAAAUGCACUGCUGUGUCUACAGAUUUUAUGCGUGCUUUAAUUUUUCAUGUGCUAUUGCGGUGUCUGAGCAUGUCUUUGCCCCAGGCUGUCUCUCUUCCUGUUCUGGGAUCUAACCAGGGUACAGGUGUCAGAGGGUGUGGGAAGAGCUCACAGUUUGAUGGUAUUUUUUCAUCUCUCUUCUGGAGCCCAGUGUUGUUCAGCCCUCAUGAUUUUGGCCAUCCUUCUCAGAAUAGUGCCAACAAGAGUUUUUAUUUCCCUCCGUUGCCCUCCCGAGAUCCUUGUAACAUAGUCACACUCCUGCCAGACCUAAAAUGUUAGGAAGCCAUAACUGUGGUCCUCGGUAAAUAGGUGACAGCUGCACUACCCUCUCAGUGCUUACUCUCCAUACAGUAGUCAGGGCUGACAGGUCCUUUCUUUCCCCCACCCCCCUUUUAGAACAAGGUUUCUCUGUGUAACCCUGGCUAUCCUUUAACUCAAUUCGUAGAUCAGGGUGGCCUGGAGAUCUGCCUGUCUCUGCCUCCUGAGUGCUAGAAUUAAAGGCUUGUGCCACUAUACCCAGCUAGAAAGGUCCUUUCUAACUCCUGAAAUUGUCACGUCUGCUCUCUACCUGUUACUUGCCCAGUAGUCCUGAAGACCAGCCUAGGCCCUUAUGUACCUCCAUCUGCAGUGAAGAAAGGGAGGAAACAUCCCUGAUGGGACACUUGACCCACUUGUCUCACUGGCUACUACAAACCCCAGAAUGUAGACUCUACUCCAAAAACAGAGGGUAGAGGUUCUUGACAGCAAACCCCUUUACCUCCCAAGAUCUUCCUGCCACAGGUACUGCUAAAGGAUCUGCCCAGAUCCUGAUGGGUAGACCCCUUCAUCUGGCAAAAGUCAGACUCUUAAAGGAAUGAGAAGAGCAGCACGCAGUGCUGUUGGGACAGACUGUGGUGAAGUGGCCAGUGUCUUCACCCAGUCGCAUGCUUUCCGCAGUGCCCUGCUUACCUGAGGUGUUUAGUGGGUCUUGGGACUUUAGCAUGGUUAGGACACCAGGCUCAGCUUGGGCCACUGCUAGUUGCCCUUCCUCUCCCACAACAUUAAGCAUGGGUGCUUGUAGAAUCCUGGUGACUGAGCAUAUAGUACUAGGUAGUUGGGUUCCUGAGCUGAUGCCCAUCAGGCAGUGAAUGCAUAGUGACCUCUAAAAGGAAGUGAGACUGCUUUUAGGAGCAGAGACUACAGCCCUGUCACCCACCAAGCAGCAAGUCGGAUGUGGAGUGGACUGACUCUUGUAGGGAAGCUGACAGGAUGCCAGAAGUUUCCACUGCUCUAACAGCCAGCCACUCAUGUGCUCCUCAAUCACCCUAUUAAAGGACAAACAAUGACAUCUGUAGCAGAGAAUCAAUGGGUAUAACUCCUCCUGGCUUAAUCAAAUAUCUAUACAUAAAACUUGGAAACUGUUAAAGGUUGGAGUUUUUUUUUUUUAAAGCAGCAAGAAAGCCUCCUGGGUUCUACAUGUUCUUUCUCUGCCUUUCCAUCAGUUUUGAUGGUUCAUGCUUACCUAGGGCUUCCUUUCCUCAUUGGAACUUAGUGUGAUAUACAUGCAAUCAGUUUUUGAGAAAAUUUUUUUGUUACUACUAAUAUUUUAGACUUGUUGAUUCAUCUUUUCAAAAGAUUGGGAACCUGUAUCUCUGGUGCUUGGCAUGGAUUGUGUCCUAGAGAAGAUGCUCAGCCGAGCUGAAGUCCAUCUAUCCUGUCGGGCAUAGUACUUGCUCAGGGAGUGGGACUUUGGUGACAUUUCAUCUGUUGGUCAGCCUUUUUUCCACCCUCUUCUUUUUCAUUCCUGUGGUGACCUCUGCUGGAGGAGGUCUCAUUCAGUUUGAUGGCAUUUUUAACUAGACCACAUUAUUAGAAAUGGUCAAAACAAGUUUAGAGAAAAAUUGUUUUAUGUAAUUUUUAAACAUCUGCCAGAUGCAUUCAUGAGGACAUACAGUACUUUGUCUUAAUUUUAAAAAAAAAAUUAAAAAGGAAAGAAACCCACAUCCCUUUCUCAGAGGUUUGCCUGGUGAGGUCAGUCCAGUCUUGGAAGCACUGCACCAGCCAAACCCGUACUCCCGUAAGAUCACUGGCUGGAGACGCGCAGCCGGCAGGCAGAACUAGUGCUGUUUGCUUUGAUAAUCGUUAAGCCAUAUCAUCUGAGGUUUCCGGCUUGAGAUGUGAAUUUGUUUUAUAGACUAUAAAUAUACAGUGUAUGUAUAAAGCAGAAUGCCUGUCCUUCUGAUUAUUUUUUUGUACCAUAUUGUAAAUUACAUUAUUUAUUCUUUACCAAUUUUUGGGAAUAAAAGGUGUUUUGGUUAUUUAAUAUAAUAAACAAAAACUGUUAAACUUCAGCUAAAA